UGUAUUAGCUUGGUAAAAGUAAAAUACAUUUCAUAAUUUUAGAAAUCUGUUUAGGAUUCGGAUCUUGAAGGACUUGAAGUUUUUUAGGUCUUUGAGGAUUUCUUCAUUUUAAACCUCUUUUAUAAGCCUUGUGCUUGCAUCAGUACCCUUCAAAAUUUUAAUACUUAUUAUAUUUUAAAACAUAAAUACAUUUGAAAGGAUGGAUUUUGGUGGUAGGUGAGACUGGUUCCUUUAUGUGUCAUUGGUCUCCAAGAGCUCAUACUAAAGAAGACGUAGAAUCUAAAGCCUGAAAUGUCCAUCAACCCCCCCCCCAAUAAAAACAACAAAAUCAUACUUUAAAUGAAAUGUCAUUUUGUAGCAUAAAGAAGAACAUGUUUUCACUAAGUUCCAAUGAGCUGUUUUGAUUGGACAGCCAUGUGAAAUGUUCUCAUGGUGAGAGAGUUUGAGAAUGUAGUUUAAAAAAAAAAGUAGUUUCAUGUAAACAGAUUCUAAACAAGCUCAUCAAUUCAACUAAAAAUGAUUCCAUCUAGAUUUUAUGUCUUCUGUAUUCCUUGUUAUAGCAUUUUAACAGUGCUUACCAUUGAUUUGUCAUCACAUGAGAGUGGAAAGCACAAUAAAUCAUUUGUUAGUUAUAAAAAGGGCAUGUCUGAAGGAUUGUGUAGUGUUCCCUCCCAUUUUGCACAUCCUGUGGGUGGGAGUUAACUUCGUAUUUUCUGUAGUGUUUGGGUGCACAGUCAUUUGAGGGAACAACUGUAUUAUUGACAUUUUGCAAUUUUUAAGUGUUUUGAAACUUGCCCUGAUAGAAAAUAAAAUCCUUACUCUUGUUCAAAAGAUUCACUGAUUGUUCAAAAAUUUCAACAAAUGGAAUAAAAUAAUUAGAACAAAUGACAUUUAUCCAGGAAAUUUAUGCAAAUAAACUUACCAGAAGCUCAAUUCCAAAGUCAUUGCUUCAGUAUUACAUAGAUACAUAGAUCAGAAAGUCAUGUGGUCUCCUGAAGUAUCCCUUUAUGACUUUGUAUUGAAGAAUAAAACAUUUCCUUAGUGACUUUUAAGAAUGAAUUUAUGUAUGAUGUUGGGUAUGACAUAAGCCAAGUAAUUUUGAGAUAUGAAGAAGGAGGUAGAGUAAAUCAUCCCUUGGCUACAUCAUAGGGACAGGUUUUUAAAAAAUGAAUGCUUCCUUAGGUAGUCAAACGAGUAAAAAGAAAUUUUUUGAAGAGAGUGUUGAUAUUAUCAGGAGAUGCUUGAGGAUUGGUAUGAAACUGCAAAGCUUUACAGAAUAGUUUUCAACACUAUUGGUAUUCUCUAAUACAUAUGAUAUUAAAUAACAUUUAUAAUGUAGAGAUGUUGGGGGAAACAUUUAGGAAUCAUGAAAGAAGAUUAAGAUUGUUUCACAUAUCAUACCUAAUAAACAGAAAUGAAUUUGUGAAUACAGUAUAUGAUAAAAUUUCUAAGGUCAAGACCUGUGUCUUAUUCAUUGUUGCAUUGUUAUAUCAUCACUGACAAGGGCACUACUAAGUGCAAGGCAAGAGUUCAAUGUAUGUUUGUAGUAGGGUGAAAUGGAUGGACCAGAUAUGUCGGUUAAUAUAAAAACUCAUCACAUUUCUAAUAAUUUGGAAACAAGAGAAAAUAUAUAUUAAAGAAGGCUUUAUAACUUAAGAUAUUAAAUAUAUUAACAUUAAAACGUGGCUUGUUCAGUUAGGCGCUGGAUUGUGAUUAUUGCAGCUGGUUAAACUGAAGCAGCAGGGGCUGCAGUUUCCCAGUGCGGACCGUGGGCGCCGCUGUUGGCCAAAGUGCAGAGCUUGGGCACUGGCGAUCUUCUCGCGCAGCCGCAGCACACUUUCCCUGUAUCAGGCUCUCUAGCUCGAGCCUUUACACAACUUCCUCCUCUGGAAAAGAGGGAACCCCGACCCUCACGCUGGAAAUAUAGCCUGUUCGGAGCUCCGGACAUCUGCAGCACAGAGAUUAUUUGUAAUCCGGCGUCUCCAGGCCGGUGAGCAACCUGAGGGGAGCAAAAGGGAUGGGGAGCGGCGCUGGGGAAAGGGGCUGGGCUGAGAGGCGACCAGUGCUCUUUCCCUUCCUGCUGUCUUUGUUCUGCCCGGCGCUCUCAGAGCAGAUCCGCUAUCGGAUUCCCGAAGAAAUGCCCGAGGGCUCGGUGGUGGGGAACCUCGCCAAGGAUUUGGGACUCAGCGUCCACGAGUUACCGAGUCGACAACUGCGCAUCAGUUCGGAAAAACCUUACUUCACUGUGAGCGCCAAGAGCGGGGAGCUACUUGUGAGCGGCAGGCUAGACCGGGAGCAGAUUUGUGGAAAGAAGCCAGCCUGUGCUCUGGAAUUUGAGGCUGUUGCUGAAAAUCCGUUGAACUUUUAUCACGUGAGUGUGGACAUCGAAGAUAUUAAUGACCACACACCAAAAUUCACGCAAAGUUCUUUUGAGCUGCAAAUAAGUGAGUCUACGGUGCCAGGCACACGGUUUAUAUUAGAAGCAGCGGAAGAUGCUGAUAUUGGCUUAAACUCUCUGCGGAUUUAUAAACUCUCUCUUAGCCCUAGUUUCUCAUUGAUAAAUAAAGAGAAACAAGAUGGUAGUAAAUACCCAGAAUUGGCGUUGGAGAAACGUUUAGACCGGGAACAACAGAGUUACCAUCGUUUAGUUCUGACUGCCAUGGAUGGCGGAGAUCCCCCACUAAGCGGCACCACUGAGCUCCGUAUCCAGGUCACUGAUGCCAAUGAUAACCCCCCUGUAUUCAACCAGGACAUGUACAGAGUAAGCCUUCCAGAAAACGUGCCCCCAGGCACCACAGUGCUGCAAGUAACAGCCACUGACCAAGAUGAAGGCAUCAACUCGGAAAUCACUUAUUCUUUCUACAGGACUGGGCAAGUCUUCAGUCUGAAUUCAAAGAGCGGGGAAAUUACGACUCUAAGAAUGCUGGAUUUCGAAGAAAUCAAGGAAUAUUCUAUAGUGGUGGAAGCGAGGGAUGGUGGAGGACUGGCUGCACAAUGUACAGUUGAAAUUAAUAUUCAAGAUGAAAAUGACAACAGCCCAGAAAUUACAUUCCAUUCUCUAGUCGAAAUGAUUCUGGAAAACGCAGCGCCAGGAACGCUAAUUGCUUUGAUCAAAAUAUACGAUCAAGAUUCCGGGGAAAAUGGGGAGGUUAAUUGUCGAUUAGAGGGUGAAGUUCCUUUUCAGAUAAUCUCUUCAUCAAAAAAUUCAUAUAAAUUGGUAAUAGAUGGGACUCUGGACCGAGAACAGACCCCAGAGUACAAUGUCACCAUCACAGCCACCGACAGGGGAAAGCCGCCCCUCUCAGCUAGCAAAAGUGUCACUUUGAUCAUCACUGAUAUCAACGACAACGCUCCGGUUUUUCUCCAGGCCUCCUACAUGGUUCACGUGAUGGAGAACAACCCUCCUGGAGCCUCCAUCGCCCAAGUCAGCGCCUCCGACCCCGACCUGGGACCCAACGGCCGCGUCUCCUACUCCAUCGUGGCCAGCGACCUGGAGCCGCGGGCGCUGGCGUCCUACGUGUCCGUGAGCGCGCAGAGCGGCGUGGUGUUCGCGCAGCGCGCCUUCGACCACGAGCAGCUGCGCGCCUUCGAGCUGACGGUGCAGGCCCGCGACCAGGGCUCGCCCGCGCUCAGCGCCAACGUGAGCCUGCGCGUGUUGGUGGGCGACCGCAACGACAACGCGCCUAGGGUGCUGUACCCGGCGCUGGGGCCCGACGGCUCGGCGCUCUUCGACACGGUGCCGCGCGCCGCGCAGCCCGGCUACCUGGUCACCAAGGUGGUGGCGGUGGACGCCGACUCGGGACACAAUGCGUGGCUGUCGUACCACGUGCUGCAGGCCAGCGAGCCCGGACUCUUCAGCCUGGGGCUGCGCACGGGCGAGGUGCGCACUGCGCGUGCUUUGGGCGACAGGGACGCGGCCCGCCAGCGCCUGCUGGUCGCCGUGCGGGACGGGGGACAGCCGCCCCUCUCUGCCACCGCCACGCUGCACCUGGUUUUCGCCGACAGCCUGCAAGAAGUACUGCCGGAUGUCAGCGACCGCCCGGAGCCCUCUGACCCCCAGGCCGAGCUGCAGUUUUACCUGGUGGUGGCCUUGGCCUUGAUCUCGGUGCUCUUCCUCCUUGCGGUGAUUCUGGCGGUGGCCCUGCGCCUGCGCCGCUCCCCCAGCCCCGCUGCCUGGGGCUGCUUUCAGCCUGGUCUUUGUGUCAAGUCUGGACCUGUGGUUCCUCCUAACUACAGUGAGGGGACUUUGCCUUAUUCCUACAAUUUGUGCGUUGCCCAGACUGGAAAGACAGAGUUUAAUUUUCUAAAAUGUAAUGAGCAGUUGAGUUCAGGACAAGAUAUACUACUUUGCAGUGAUUCAUCUGGGGCCUUAUUUCCGCUUUGUAAUUCCAGUGAGUCGACUUCCCAUCCUGAAACUCAAAUGGCGAUUUAAGUGACCUUUACAAUAAGAAGUUUAAGACUACUUUGAACUGCGUAUUUUCUUUAUGGAGGUAUUGAAGUGGAAACUUGCUUUUCAAUAUAUGUUUAUUUGAAUAUUCCAAAUGCCAUAACCUGUGUAUGCAUUAUGUAUUCACAUAGAAGAGUACAAAAAAUUAAACCAGUGUAAAAGUUAAACAUUCACAAAUAUGUAACUUUAAAAAACCGAUCCUUUCAAAAUUUAGCAGUAUUAGGUGAGAGAAGCUAUUACUGUUGCCUUACUAAAAUUAUUUUUGUGAGUGAAAUUUUAAGGAAAACUUACUCCAGCAAAUUCAUUAUCUGAAUAAAUUAAUCUUAUAAAAUAACUUCAAAGUGAAUAAUCCAUGUAUAUAUAAAACUAAGAAGAAGAAGUCUAUUUCCAAAGAGGAUUGCACAUUGUGGUUACUGUAGAAAAUAAUGACAUACAGAACAUUUUUGAAACAUUAUAAAACUGAAGUUAGAAUAAUUUACAUAUCUAGAAAGAAAGCAAAAUUCUACCAAGAAUAAGUUAAUUUGAUGUUAAGAAAAAAUGGCAGUUUUACAAUACAUUUAAUAGAAGUUCCAUUCCACUUCAUUUGCAACUAACAUUCCAAAAUGGUAAUUGCUUUUGAAAUGAGAAUGCAAGAAACAGUGAGACAAGUCUACAUAGUUUGAAGAGAAUUGUCUUUCUCGGUUAUCUAUAAUCAAGCAUUACUUAUCUCAGUGCAUGUAGUGACAGGUUAGGACUCCGAGUGCCACUGUUCACCAACUUUAAGAAAAGUUCAAUCAGUUCUCCAUCCAGCUGUUCAGAUCUGCAACUACACAGAGUCCCACAGAGCCCACAAACCUCAGCAAAAGCUGCCACAAAACUCAUCUUCUUGGGGCACUCUGGUUUCUCCUUAGGAAAAAGAUCAUCAUAAUUUGCAGGAGGUUAAAGAACCUAAGGAGUCAGUUUGCACAGAAAGCGUUCUGAAAAACAAUAUCCAUAGUGAAGCAACAACAGCCACUCCACUGAAUUGCCCGCACUGCAAAGGACUGGUUCUGCUGUGCCCAUGGAGGCUAUGGGAGACCAGGGCCAGCCAGAUCCACUACUCGGCACCUGAAGAGACAGAAGAAGGCUAUAUCCUGGGGAAAUAUCUCCAAGGAUCUGGGGCUGGCGGACCGUGGAGUCUGCAUUGUCUCCAGAAGUAGGACUCAGUUUUUCGCUCUGAACCUGCAAAGUGGCUUGUCUUGGUCACUGCAGGCAGGAUAGACUAGGAGGAACUCUGUGCUCAGAGUACACAGUGGCUAGUAAAUAUCAAUAUCCUGGUUGAGGGCAGAAGAAAACUUUUUGGGAUAGAAAUAGAAAUCACUGAUAUCAAUGAUAAUAAUCCAAAAUUCCAGGUCGAAAAUCUGGAAGUAAAAGUUAAUGAAAUCACUGCACCUGGAACACAUUACCCACUCCCAGAGGCUGUUGACCCGGAUGUGGGCAUGAAUUCCUUACAGAGCUACCAGCUCAGCCCCAAUCACUACUUCUCUCUGGAAGUGCAGACUGGAGAUGACGGAACUCUACACCCAGAGCUGGUGCUGGAGCAGGCCCUGGACCGAGAGGAAGAGUCUGCUCACCAUCUCCUCCUCAUCGCCUCUGAUGGCGGUGACCCGCGUCGCUCCAGCACAGUGCACAUCCACGUGACGGUGUUGGAUACAAACAACAAUGCCCCGGUUUUUACUCAACCGAUUUACCGAGUGAAAGUCCCAGAGAACGUGGCCCCGGGCACCCUGCUGCUUACUGUGAGCGCUAGCGACCCAGAUGAGGGAGCCAAUGGAGAAGUGGCCUAUAGAUUUUGGAAAAUUAGUGAAAAGCAAUCUCCGCUAUUCCAUCUUAAUGAAAAUACCGGUGAAAUAUCAACAGCAGGGAGUCUAGAUUAUGAAGAAUGUGCAUUUUAUGAAAUGGAAAUACAAGCUGAAGAUGUGGGGGCACUUUUAGGGAGGACCAAAGUGCUCAUUUCAGUGGAAGAUGUAAAUGACAAUAGGCCAGAAGUGAUCAUUACAUCUCUGUUUAGUCCAGUCUUAGAAAAUACUCUUCCUGGAACAGUAAUUGCCUUUUUGAAUGUGCAUGACCGAGACUCCGGGAAGAAUGGUCAAGUUGUCUGUUACACACCUCAUAAUUUACCUUUUCUUUUCUUUUUUUUCUUUUUCUUUACUCUUCCUCCUCCUCCUCCUCCUUCCUCUGAGAGAGCACAAAAGUGUGAGUGGCGGAGGGGCAGAGGGAGAGAGAGAAUCCCAAGCAGGCUCCAUGCUCAGUACAGACACCAGCACAAGGCUUGAUCCCAUGACCCUGGUAUCAUAAAGCUGAAAUCAUGAGUCAGACACUCAACCGGCUGAGCCAUCCAGGCACUCCAUUGUUUACCUUUUCAAUUAGAAGAGUCAAUAGUUUAUUGUAGAUUGUUGAAAGUAUGAAUUCUUGACAGAGAAGAAACCUCUGAAUAUAACAUCACAGUGACCACAACAGACAGAAAUUUACAUCAUCCUGCAUGUGAUCAUUGUCAAUGACAGUACACCUUCCUUCCCUGAAAACUUCUACACAGUCUAUCUCCUUAAGAACAGCCAUAGAAGAACCUUCAUCUUCUCAGUGACAGCCCAUGAUUCCAACAGUGACAAGAAUACCCAGGUUAUUCACUCCUUGGCUGAGGAUACUAUCCAAGGGUCGUCCUAUGUCUCCACCAGUUCCGAUACACUGGCUCAUAUACACACUGCAUCCCUUCAACAUGAGCAGUUUUGUGAUCUCAAAUGCAAGUGAAGGCAAGUGACAGUAGGAACCCCCUACUCACCAACAACAUGUCACUGAACUUGUUUGUGCUGGACCAGAAGGACAAUGCACCAGAAAUCCUGUACCCUACUCUCCCCACUGACAUGUUCCACCAUCAUGGAACUGGUACCCUGCUCCACAGAACCUGGCUACCUGGUGACCAAGGUGGCUAUAGACAGAGACUUGGGUCAGAACACCAGGCCUACCACCUGUUCAAGGCCAGUGAGCCAGGGCUCUUCAUGGUAGGACUCCACACAGGAAAGGUGUGCACUGCAUGGGUCCUGCUGCACAGAGACUGGCUCAAGCAGAGCCUGGUGGUGGUGGUCCAGGACCAAGGCCAGCCCCCUCUCUUGGCCACUUUCACCCUCACUGCAGCCUUGGCCCACAGCAUCCCAGGUGGCCUGGCUGACCUCAACAGUCUGGAGGUCCUCACCUACCCAGAGAUCUCAGACCUCACAUUAUACUUGGUGGUGACAGUGGCUGCAGUGUCCUUCAUCUUCCUCACCUUUGUCAUUGUGUGCUCAGGUUGUGGCAUUGGCACAUCUCAAAUCUGCUGCAGGCUGCAGGGCUUGGAUUGGCUGUGCCUACUUCUUUAUGGGCGUGGAUAGGUGUGGGCUUUCCUGCAGACCUAUUCCGGGAAGCCUCACACAGGGCAGGCUCCUGAGAGAGUCACAUGAUCUUUCCCCAGCCCAAGUAUGACAAUAUGCUGAUCAGCCAGGAGGGCUCUAGGAAAAAUGACCAUUUGUGUGCUUCAGAUGAUUCCAGGUUUCCUAUAGAAAAUACCUCUUUGGGGGCGCCUGGGUGGCUCAGUUACUUAAGCAUCAAACUUCCGCUCAGGUCAUGAUCCCACAGUUCACAAGUUUGAGCCCUGUGUCGGGCUCUGUGCUGACAGCUCAGAGCCUGGAGCCUGCUCAGAUGUGUCUCCCUCUCCCUCUGCCCCUCCUCCACUUGUGCUCUCUCUCUCUUCUCAGAAAUAAACAUUUAAAAAAAUUUUUUUAAAAGAAAAUACUUCUUUGGCUCCAGUGAGUUCAACUUUUUCCUUUAUUUUCUCUUAUGAUUUGGUUUUCUCUUUAAGGUUUCCACUUAAGGUAUGAUACAUCCUCUUUAACAUAUUUCUCACCAUCCAGGUUUUACUGGGCCUUGUUUUGUUCUAACAUCUAUAGGAGGCAUUUACUGGUUAUAUCACUGAUACAAGUUUCUCAUAAUUAACCUAAAUUAACCUAGGGUCAAUGGAUAUCUUUUUCAUGGGGCUUCUCUCAUUAUUGAGCCAUUGAUAUGGGCUAUUGGGGUGGGAUUCCUUGGUUGAUUAUCAGUUCACUACUAAUUCUUAGAGGUGGUUUUCCAUUCCUGAAAUGUAUUAUUGUUGCUAUCUUCAGUGGCCACAUAGUGAACUUCCUACUUAUCUUUGAACUUCUUACAUACCUCUGAAACAUAAAUACAGCUGACACUAUGUGAAGGUAAAUUAAUGAGAAAACACAUGCAUUCUUCUUGAAGAAACUGAGAGCCCAGAUUUUUCUGCUUCUGCUUUUCUGUUUCUAUUAUAGGACAACCCGCCUUUGAGGUUAUGUUUUCCAGAUCACAUGUUUGUAGAGGUUGUUUGAAUCUAAAGAUCACUUCUGAGGAAGAAUCACAAUUCACUUAGAGGAGUUUCUGAGAAUGAACACUGUUGAGGACAAAACAAGGGAAAUAAAAAUUAUUCAACUGUCUGUUAUUUAUGGCUCAAUUCUCCAACCUUGAGGCUAGAAAUAAACCUGGAUAAGGAAGACAACUUAGGAAAAUAUUCUCAGGAACUGCUGGAAGAGGUUCUAAGAAUAUUUUACUAGCUUUUAGUUAUAGGAAAGGAAUAAUAUUUUUUCAAGUUUGUUUUUUGAGGAGGGGGGCAAUGAGUGGGGGAGGGGCAGAGAGGGGACAGAAGAACCCAAGCAGGCUCCGCACAGAGAGCAGAGAGCCUGAUGUGGGGCUGAAACUCUUAAACCGCGAGAUCAUGACCUGAGCUGAAAUCAAACAUGACUGACUGAGCCACCCAGAUGCCCCUAUUUCAUUUUAUUUUAAACAUGGUGCCAUUCCGAGUAAUAAAUGACUUUCUAGGAGACUUUAAAAAUAAACUAUGAAGUUGACUCAAAAAUUCUAUUUGAAAAGUGCUGGCUAAUAGGGGUAACAUCUGGACAGCCAUUAUGACAUACAGAUGUUAUACUGAUUUCAAAUACUCCUUAGUCCUAAUUUAGUAGGAAAAAAUUAAAGCAUGCUUCAGGAUCAUAUUUUUAACUAUGAAAUAGGAAAACUGUCACUUGAAGUUUCUGUCCUCGCGACUAACCAUUGGUACUUAGUAUUUACAAAUAUUAAGUAUGUGUUAACUUGGGAAAAAACAUAACAGUGAUGAAGGCUUGUAGGUCAGUAACUACUAUUCUCUACCAUUAAUAUCACUUGCCUUUAAAACAACACAAAGCUCACUGGGUGAAUGGGCAGUGUGGAAAAUGCUGAAUUCUAGUUUUCUUAAACUAGAUAGACUUUUGUAUUGGUAACAUUUUAUAUAACAAAAUAGGCUUAAAUAUAAAAUCCUUAUUAAUCUUAAUGUUUCAUCUUAAAAGAAGAGUUAAAGUAUCUUGGAUUUGCUUCAAAAUAAUGAGGGUGUACAAAUUAUAUUAAAUGAAGAUGGCCUUGUGUUGAUCGUUAUUGUCAUUGGGUGAUGAGUAUAUGAAGAUUCAAUAAUACUCGCUACUUUGUAGAAGUUUGAAUUUUUUCUAUAAUAAAUUUCUUUAAAACACUAA